CAAUCAAUUGUCGUGCAGUUGUCUUUUAAUCUGUAAUCUAGUUUCACUUCAAUUUCUCGAUUUUUGUAAAUUUACAAUAUACAUUGAUUAAUCUUUGGGAAAAUAAGUGUUUUUAUUGUGAACAAUUAUGCAGAAAUUGGGCUCUCUUGAGCUAUAUAAUUAUUUCUUCAUUUGACCUCUACAGUUGAUAUGAUUUUAUGUUGCUUUCAGAAAUUAACUUAGGAAUACUCGCACCAAUACUGUUUUCUUACCAUGUUUUAUAGCAUUCACUAUGAAAAAUUGACUAUAUCAGAUUGGAGUGUAUCUUUACAUGAUAAGAGUUUAAAGUCUUUUAAUUUCGUCACGCACUUUUUAUCCAAUGGGCCAAUGUCUAAGUUGUUUCAAAAAUCAAGCUAAUGCAGACAUUUCUACCUCUCAAAGAAAAAAAGAUGAGGUGACAGAAAUUGUUGAUACGCAUCAAGUACCUGCUGUAAUGAUAUCAGAUUAUCAUCAGGAAGAACCACUUUUGCAGGAAAAUGAAAGUGUAACUUGCUACAGAAACUCUGCCAAUUUACAAAAUGCUAAUAAUAUAAAUUCUUUUGGGGAACCGUGCCAUGGAGAAGUAAUAAACUUGCAAAAAACUCAACCAAGUGCUGAGAAAGUACCCAAAUUAUUUUAUCAAAAACUGCCAUCUAUUCCAAGAACCAUGUCAUCAUUGGGUUCAAGUGAUAUGCGUGUUUCAGAUUCUAAAAUCAAUCACCUUUUUGACCAAUAUAAGGAUUCAUUAGAAGAUGCCAUUCUAGCUGAAGGUAUAGAGAACCUCUGCAAUGAUUUGCAGCUAAAUCCUGAUGACUUUAAGGUACUGGUUCUUGCAUGGAAGUUAAACGCUAGUCAAAUGUGUCGCUUUACAAAAACUGAAUUUAUCCAAGGACUGAAAAGUAUGAAAACCGAUUCAAUUAAGGGCAUACAGCAAAAACUGAAUGACAUAACUAGCGAAUUGAAGUCUGACACUGAGCAUUUUAAAGAUUUGUAUAGAUUCACAUUUAAGUUUGGCUUAGAUGUAAGUACUGGCCAACGUAUUCUCCCAACUGACAUAGCUGUUGUGCUUUGGCGCCUUGUGUUCACAAAUAAUGAGCCUGCAAUAUUAGAUAGGUGGCUGAACUAUUUGGAGAAGAAUAAUCACAUUCGUGGCAUUCCUAAAGAUACUUGGUAUAUGUUCUUAAAUUUUUGUGAAUUUGUGGGAAAUGAUCUCAGUACUUAUGAUGAUACAGAAGCUUGGCCUAGCCUUUUUGAUGAUUUUGUAGAGUAUGAAAAUGAUCAAAUGAAUCAGAAUGUUUCAAAAAACAAUAUAAAGAUACAGGAUUGAAUUUCUAUGUUUGCCAAAUUUUUACUAUUUUAGGUACUUAAAUAAUAAAUAAAGAUAUUGAGACUGAUGAUCCCAGUAUGGGUGUUUCAUGAUGUUAGUCCUGUAUCUUUAGAGUGGACAAGAUAAUGAAUGUAAUUUAUUUUAAAGUAAAAGGAUGAACAGAAAUUAUGUGGCAGUAGUGUAGGUACUAACGAGAUUCAAAUUGAUUUAGUGUACAUAAAGUUAUUAUUAUAUUUUUUAAAUUAAUGACUUGUAACUAUGUAUUUUUAUGUGUCUAGUUAUAGACCUAAAUAAGUAAUACAUUAUUCCAGAAAUGAAUUUAGCAAUACCUGUAUAUAAUUCUAAUUCUCAGAGUUUAAUGCUUGUGAUGAAAUGUCAUGGUAACCCUUUAUUGAUUCCUCUGUAGGUACACAGUUUUAUCGCCUAAACCUUGCACAAACUGAAAAUGCCUGAUAAAAAAAUUGAAUUAUAGAAUUUUAUCUCCUA